GGCCCUAUAAAAACGAAAGGCUGUCUUGUCAUUCGCAUCAGUAUUCAUUCUUCCAUCUUCAAAACACCACCGGAACUCACUUCUGUUAAAAUGUACUUCAGCAGUGUGUUCUUGUUGCUACUAGGCUCCUAUGUCUGUUUGAUCAACGGUCUAGGCGGCAGUAGUAGCGAAGGUAACGAUUAUACGUGGGGUACUAAAUUAACAACUGAUACCCUAAUUGCACGCGAGGUCAUAACUAAAACAAAGAUGCUGCUGCAAACCACAACAAAAACAUAUACGCUGACCCAGGCGGGCACCGCCAAAACUAUAAGUUAUAUACACAUAACGGAUCUAAAACGCAUGCGCGGUGCAACUGCUGAGAUCACUUCUGGCGGUGUAGGUGACACGACAGUGACAAUCAAAUUUACUUCUUCAAGAGGAUCCGGAAUUAAAUCUCAAGUGGAAAUAUAUGGAGCAUGAUCGAAUGAUAAACUCCAUGGUAAAAUAUCUCACGAAUAGUUAUUUUUCCGCGAUGUUCUUACACAUUUUAAGUGUAUUUAAGUGUACACAUAGUUUAUUGUUCUAAUAAAAAAUAAAAAACAUAAAAAAAUAUGCUGAUAUUAUUAAGAAUACAUUUAAGAAGGACAUAUAAAUGUUAGGUGGAAUACUUUGCCAGCAAUAAACUGUAACAACUUUAACAUUAUAAUUUCUACCUACAUGCAUGUACAUAUGUACAGAAGUAUUAUUAUGUACAUAUACUCGUAUACUCGAUUGGUUGUACUUAGAAGAACUAUGUUGAGCAAUUUUGCAACGAUUUUACGUAGAUUGUUAUUGUUAUAUUGUUACUUACCAAUGACCAAACCAUUCAGCGAAAAAUAUUAAAAAAUCUGAUCAUUAUA